ACUGCAGACAUAGUACAGGAAGUGACCAGACACUGCAGACACAGUACAGGAGAUGACCAGAGACUACAGACAGUACAAGAGAUGACCAGAGACUGCAGACACCGUACAGGAGGACCAGAGACUGCAGACACAGUACAGGAGAUGACCAGAGACUGCGGACACAGUACAGGAGAUGGACUAGAGACUGCGGACACAGUACAGGAGAUGACCAGAGACUGCGGACACAGUACAGGAGAUGACCAGAGACUGCGGACACAGUACAGGAGAUGACCAGAGACUGCGGACACAGUACAGGAGAUGACCAGAGACUGCGGACACAGUACAGGAGAUGACCAGAGACUGCGGACACAGUACAGGAGAUGACCAGAGACUGCGGACACAGUACAG